UAUAUAUGUCCAAUAUUUUUUUUAUUUUCCUAUCAAAUUUUAAAAGAGAGAGAAGAAGAUGAUGCAUGAAGAAGAAGCAAACAACACGUUGGGGAUGAUGGGGAGAGAAUUUUAGCAUAGAAAAUUUUGGAUUGGAGAAGAAAAACACACAAUAAAACAAACAAACAAAUAAAUUUAAAUACUAUAUAUAAAUAAAAAGGUCAGUCUUUCUUCAUUUUUUAUUUUUUAUUUGCUCUGUUUUCUCAGUGUGAUGAAGAAGAAACAUCUCAAGUUUAAACCACUCAAAGAGCUGUACGAUCAUGGCGACACCCUUACGAAAUCCAAGGCUGUAGGUUUGUUCAAAGUGUCCCCGAAGGAGUCAACUAUGGAUCAAGUUUCAGUUAUGGAUCCAUCUCAGGAAACAAAAGUCAAAAGUCACAGGCAGUUACCACCCAGUGAUGAAGCCAAAGUAGAACAUCAGGAUAAAGAUGUUUUCGAGUGCCAAGGGGAUGAUAAUUCUUGUAUAAGCAAAGAUGAUGGUGCAAUUAUGAUCACUAGUGAUCAAUUUGGUGGAGCAGAUAAUAUGAUUGUUACAUCUAGAGCAGCUUCAGUUAGUAGCCCGUGUCCUGAUGUUUUGGAGAAACCUUGGAAUGGUCCAUCUAUCAGAAAUGGUUCACCAAUUGCAGAUAAUACAGUUGUUACAUCCAAAGCAGCUUCAAUUAGUAGUCCCUGUCCUGAUGUUUUGGAGAAACCUUUGAAUGGUCCAUCUAUCAGAAAUGGUUCACCAAUUGCUACCACACAGGAUCCUCCUCUUCACAACCAGAACAUAAACCACGGGGAUGAACCAGAUGAGUUAGUGGACGUGAAAGUAUGUGAUAUUUGCGGUGAUGUUGGUCGGGAGGCAUUACUUGUUGUUUGUAGCAAGUGCAGUGACGGGGCAGAGCAUAUUUAUUGCAUGAGCCCAAAGAUGGAAAAUGUUCCGGAAGGUGAUUGGUUUUGCGAAGAGUGCUUGUUGAUGCAAGAUCCAAAGAGACAGAGGCAAGUUAUGUUGGAGAUAUCAGACAAUACUUUAAAGCCAUCAUGUUCAAAGGAACUAAGCCGGGUUUCACCAAUAAAGAAUUCUGCUAUUCAACAUGAUGGUAAAAUGAAGAGAAAUAAAGGAAUUGUUGAUGCAAGUGUUGAGCCGUUGAAGAUUUCUGGUUUUGUGAGGAAACCACGGUUGACUUCUUUGAAGAAGAUGAAUAAAGGGAAAAUUGCGGCUCGUCAGGUAUCUUCUUUUGUUGAUCUUCCUGGUAAGAUCACGGUGAAGCAAGCAUGUUCAUCAGAUCAUAGAUCACACAAACCUGAACAACAAUCUUGUGGAGGAUCUUUUAACAUUAAAAAAAGAGUUGACAGUAAAUACAAGAAAAAUGCUGUCUGUGAACUGAAAAAAGACCAUCAUGACAAAAUGGAGUUCAAUUCUUUGUCAUUGACUGGGGCCAGCUCAAUUCCUCCAGAUGUGUCAAAUACGCAGUCUUCUGUUUCAAAUAUAAAGGGUGUAAGAUAUGGAUGUGAAAAAAACUCCACUGAAAAUAGCACCAAUCAAGCAGGUUUGCCAUUUGUUAGAUAUAGUUCAAGAAAAGGCGGCUCUUCUAGGACCAAAGUGGUUCCCAAGAUUGUUAAGGCAGCAUAUUUACCCAAAAAGAAUGCUGAGGAUAAAACAGCCAUCCAGGUAAAUGGGAAUACGAAUGUUAAAGAACUUGGUUCCGUUGUUGAUGAAGGAAAAAACUGCGUGAAAUCAUCAGUAGCUGGAUCUGUUGAAGAAAGUAAAUCACCCUGUCAUUCGAGCUAUGUGAUCAAUUCUCCUGCCAAAAAUGACAAUGCUUACCCUGAUAUAAUGAGCUUAUCCACUUUAAAGCCUGAGUUAGACAACACUCAUUCAGUUGCUACUUAUAAGGUUCUGCCACUUGAUUUUCUACACAUGAAAUCCAUGCCUACACUCGAUUCAGUAGAUAUCGACCAUAUGGUUCCUGACGUGACUUCUGCUGUCCCAGAAUCUAGGUGUAUUUGGAACGGUGCAUUCAAAUUGGAGAAAAAUGGAAAACUUCCGACUGACUGCAAUGGGGUACAAGCUCACUUAUCGACUAGUGCAUCGUCCAAGAUUGCUGAAUUGGUUAUUAAGUUUUCUGAUGAACUUGUUUUAAAGGAAGUGCCUCGACUGCUUACUUGGCCCAUUCAGUUUCAAAAGAAGUAUCCCACCGAACAAGAUAUUGCUCUCUAUUUCUUUGCUCAAGAUUUAUGUAGUUAUGAAAAAGGUUACAGGAUGUUGCUUGAAGGCAUGACACAUAAUGAUUUAGCCUUGGAGGCGAACUUUGGGGGUUUUCAGCUUCUAGUUUUUCCUUCCAGCUUGCUUCCUGUGAGAUCUCAGGGCUGGAAUUCCCUGCCAUUUUUAUGGGGUGUUUUUAGAGUGAGGAACCUUGAUGAUUUUCAAAUCCCUAGCUUGAACAUUGCGACUGUGAAUCAAGGUUACCUUCCCGUUACUUGUGGAUCAAAUAACAAAUUUAUUUCUGCACUAGUCUCUGGAAGUGGCUCUGCACUUCAUACAUCAGACGAUUCCAUGAACGGGCCAAAACUUGCUAACCCAGUGGUUUCCCAAUCUUCGGCUUUAAUUAAAUAUGGGGAUCAAUUUUUUGAACAUGAAGUACCUUCACUGAAGAGAAGUAUUGGAACUCUGAAAAAUGAUGAUGCCCAAGUUGAUAUUAUUUCAUUCGCCCGUGAUUGGAGAAGAGAAGAUUCUGGUGGAGCGCUACGUAGUUUUGACUUGCAGAAAGGAAAUAGAUUCACUACGGGAAUUGGAUUAUGUUCUGAAGGAAGCUACAAGGAUCCGAGUUUCACACAAGUUGACAACUCUGCCUCCGAUUUCUGGCAAAGGCACCAACUUUACAACGGGAGUUCUUUAUCUUUAGGUUCAGGACCAUCGAGAUCAUCUGACGGUGGAGGUUGUGCCAAGUCAGCAGAGGAUCCCAGUAACUAUAAUUCUCUUGAUCUCGACCUCUGUCUAGGCAGUAGUAGUUCAGGUUCAGAAAAAGCCGUCAACUUGGAUUUGGCUCUCGGCUUUACCAGCAAAAGUAAAUAUAAACCUAAUAAAGAUUUGUUGAAGGAUGGAAAUAAUCGAGAUAAGAAUGUUUCACUUGUCCUCUCACUUGGGAUGCCAUGCUCAACUAACUGAUGACUUUGUAUGGCUGCUGGUGUUUCUGAGGGCCGGCUUUUCUACACAGGCUUUAGGUAUAGAUGAUAAUGUAAAUAUUACAUACAUAGAACAAAAGAUAUGUCAUAAUAAUAGCUAGAUGCUUAUAAUAUGAGAAUAUGUAGUAGUAAUAGUAGUAGUAGUAAUAGUAGUAGCAGCAGCGGCGGCAGGCGUGAUGAUAGUUAAAUGUGUGAAAUACAUUGUGAGAAGUGAGAAGUGUUUCUGUUGAGCAGUAAUAGAGAUGUUUUACAGUGUC